CUACGUUGUGUUUUCUUGUUUGAUUGGCAACCCUAGUGAUUGUACUAAUCCGUGUUUUCUUGUUUGAUUGCAGACCAUUUACAGGUGUGUUGAGGGACAGGAGGAGGCCGCGGCUCGGGUUAUCGAAGCCGAGUGCAGGCGGCUACUUCAAAACUGGCGGAACGGGGCUCAGACGCAGGCUACUCGAGACUACUUCGCCUCGAUUGGUAUUAGGAUGUCCAAGUCAAAGUGCCGCACAAAGUAUCUGAGUAAGGAGAAGUACAUGAAGGUGCCCCCGAGAUGGUGUGCGGAUAGGCUAGAUUGUUGGGAGGCAUUGGUGGAUGAGUGGUGCUCUCCCCAAUGGCUAUCCACCCACAACAAUGCAAAGGAUCGGCGUGGCAAAAUGAGCGGUGUGCCACACCAUCAAGGCAGCGUCAACCUAUAUCAGUACGGGGAUAACUGGGCGCGGCACAACAAGACGGAUGUGCCAGAGCUGUUCGACCUCUAUGCCAUGGCCCAUAGUGCCCCGUAUAAGAACGCCAAGGCAUUCUCUGAGUUUGAUCUCGAUGAUCCAAAGAACUUCACCAACCGCGCCUCCCACAACAAGCUCGUGAGCACUCUCCCGCAGAUCAAGAGGCGCCAGAAGAGCUCCGAUCCUGAGAUAAGGCCUCGUCCACGGCCAAUGGAUCUUGAAAUCAAGGUUAGUUAUACAGAAUCAGAUACCUUUCCUCCAUUACAUUAUGUGUGCGGCCGUCGAUGA